UCGCAGGGUAUAUUUAAGGCGACGCAGCGCGUGCCCACCACUUCACGAACUUCUUCGGCAAGUGCAAGUGAGCACGCGGCAUUUGGACUCCAGCGGACUGCUCUCGAGGAAUCUCUGUGUAUACCCAGUGUAUACUUCAAUACUGACCACUGACCACUGACCGCACCACCAAAGGAGGCAAAUCCAGCGGUGUUUAUCUCUGUGGCUGGCUUGUUUUUGUCUUGGUCUUGUCGUUGUUGCUGUUUGCUGCUGACUGCUGUUGACUGUUCUUUGGGUUGAACGCACACGGGCGGAAAAUGGAGAGCAAGCUAAAGGUUAAUGGCUUUCUGGACGUGGACGUGGACGCUUUGGACGGCGGCAUUAAGGAAUCCAAUCAAGAGCUGCAGGAUGGCCUCAGCUGCGGCGAGCUCUUCCAGAACGGUGACGGACUCACCUACAACGACUUUCUCAUACUGCCCGGCUACAUAAACUUCACCGCCGAGGAGGUGGAUCUCAGUUCACCACUGACCAAGUCGCUGUCGCUGCGGGCACCGCUGGUUAGCUCGCCCAUGGACACCGUAACCGAAUCGGAGAUGGCCAUUGCCAUGGCGCUGUGUGGUGGCAUUGGCAUCAUCCAUCACAACUGCACGCCGGAGUACCAGGCGUUGGAGGUGCACAAGGUUAAAAAGUACAAGCACGGCUUCAUGCGCGACCCCUCGGUGAUGUCGCCCAAGAACACGGUGGGUGAUGUGUUGGAGGCGAGACGGAAGAACGGAUUCACCGGCUAUCCGGUCACCGAGAACGGCAAGCUGGGCGGCAAGCUGCUGGGCAUGGUCACGUCGCGGGACAUCGAUUUCCGUGAGAACCAGCCGGAUGUCCUGCUGGCGGACAUCAUGACCACGGAACUGGUGACCGCACCCAAUGGCAUCAAUCUGCCCACGGCCAAUGCCAUUCUCGAGAAGAGCAAGAAGGGCAAGCUGCCCAUUGUCAACCAGGCCGGCGAACUGGUGGCCAUGAUCGCGCGCACGGAUCUGAAGAAGGCGCGCUCCUAUCCGAACGCUUCGAAGGAUUCCAAUAAGCAGCUCCUCGUCGGCGCCGCCAUCGGCACAAGGUCGGAGGACAAGGCGCGACUGGCCCUCCUGGUGGCCAACGGCGUGGACGUCAUCGUGCUGGACUCCUCGCAGGGCAACUCCGUCUAUCAGGUCGAGAUGAUCAAGUUCAUGAAGGAGACCUAUCCCGAGCUCCAGGUCAUCGGCGGCAAUGUGGUAACCCGUGCCCAGGCCAAAAAUCUGAUCGAGGCUGGCGUCGAUGGACUGCGUGUCGGCAUGGGCUCCGGAUCCAUCUGCAUCACCCAGGAGGUGAUGGCCUGCGGAUGUCCCCAGGCCACGGCUGUCUACCAGGUGUCCUCGUACGCCCGCCAGUUCGGAGUGCCCGUGAUCGCCGACGGUGGCAUCCAGUCGAUUGGACACAUUGUGAAGGCAAUUGCCCUGGGGGCCAGCGCCGUGAUGAUGGGCUCACUUUUGGCCGGCACAUCGGAGGCACCGGGCGAGUACUUCUUCUCGGAUGGCGUGCGCCUAAAGAAGUACCGCGGCAUGGGCUCCCUGGAGGCCAUGGAGCGUGGCGAUGCCAAAGGCGCAGCCAUGUCGCGCUACUACCACAACGAGAUGGACAAAAUGAAGGUGGCCCAGGGCGUCAGCGGCAGCAUCGUGGACAAGGGCAGUGUGCUCCGGUAUCUGCCCUAUCUGGAGUGCGGACUGCAACACAGCUGUCAGGACAUCGGCGCCAAUUCCGUGAAAAAGUUAAGGGAGAUGAUCUACAACGGCCAACUGCGCUUCAUGAAGCGCACCCAUUCCGCUCAGCUGGAGGGCAAUGUCCACGGCCUCUUCAGUUACGAGAAGCGACUCUUCUAACAUACGACGACGGCUGCGCCGGAACUGGGCGGUGGCGGUGGCUGUGGCAUAGGAGGUGUGGCUGCCCCUGUCCGAGAGCAGCAGCAGAAGCAGCAGGAGCAUCUUCACCGAUCUGGAGCAGAAAAUCUGCUAGACUACACCCGCCUAUUCGAUCGCAAGUGAUUGGAGAUUGAAGAUUGAAGAUUGGAGAUGGGCACACCUUUCCCCCCCCCCCCCCCCCCCCCCCCCCCCUCCUGGAGUUUAACCAAUAGUUUAGACUAAGUCUCGUAGGAGAAUCCCCCCUUUUUGGUGGCGCUGGAGGUUACCUCGAAUCGCCCGCAUACAUGUGUAUACCUUAUCCAUCUGUCUGGCAGACAGAAUCCUAAUAUUAAGUGUUUACAGUCUACAUAAUGGAGCUGUAUUGGAAAUAUGUAAUCCUCAUAUAUUUGCUACAUACAUCUUAAUCUACAUUGAGCGCAACGCGUUUGUUGGCCGCUUACUUAUUUGGCACGCUAUAUAUGUACAUAGGUAUUAACCUCUAUUUGUAUAGUGUUGGAUGUUUACUAUUAUACAUAUGAUGAAGCUCGCUUCAACCUUUAAAACUCUGCCAAACUUAUUAAAUGUGAACUGAAACUAA